GCGAUCGUGUUCAAAAUGCAACCAUCAGUGAAACUUUCUGCUUUGCUAUGCGAAUAAAUUUUCACCUUUUUAAUUCUAAAUUUACACCGAAAGUGAUGUGAAUUUUUUUUUUUUUUUAUCGUUUGACCUUGUAAUUUUACAUAAAUUGUCUCAUUCACUUUUCAAUAUUCUAUUUGGCGCCAGUAAAUAAAAAUAUACUAUUCAAAUCAGUGUUUCAGUUGAGUGAUUGACCCUAUUUUUUUUAAAUGCCGGAAGAUUGUUAAUUAUUCAGAUAAUACACUGUCCGGAAACUGAAAUUUCAAUGAAAUGCCUAGUCCAGAGCUCGAAGCUGUUAAUAUUCUUGAGACCCUUGAAUCCGGUCUGGCGUUACUUCCUGGGGGAAGAGAUCGCGAAGGUCGGCCAUUGGUUGUUGUAAAUGUCCCUCCAGGUGAUCCACCUUCAAGUUCCAAGUCUAAAUUGGAAACACUUUUGGAAUAUUAUUUGUCAAUUUUUAGUGAAGAAACUAAACAAAAUGGUUUGUGUCUUUUAAUUGAUGCACGCUAUGCUGUUUGGCGUGUCGCAAGAUCUUUUAUUCGACAUUCGACACUUCUUUUGGGCACCAAUGCAACAUCAACAAUUGCAGUUCGUCCUGAUGGAUUUUGGGACAAACGAGUUGAUAAUUGUACAAAAUCUCAUAAAGAAGGAGAACCAAUAUACAUUCCAGUUACCAGAUUAUAUACGUUUAUUCGACCAAAUCAAUUGACCUAUGAUUUGGGAGGAACAAAAUCUUAUGAUCAUACUGAGUGGAUUCAGAGUCGAGUGCACAUCGAAGAACAUGCUAACGAUUUUUCAAUGUUAAUUGCCAAAAUGACAGAUCUUAGAAAUAAUUUAAGAAGUCUUGAAAAAAUUCGCUCAAGAGAAUCCAAAGAUAAUCUUGCAUCUUUUUGGGAAACCGGAACUGAAGUCACGUUUGCAGCUCGACGUAUUCUUAACACAGGUCGUCUCUUAGUAAACAGUUUAAUGGGUAAAGAUACAUCGCAGGAUAUUUUAGAUGCUGUGCAAGGAGUUAAUAAAUCUUUAGACACAAUUGAACGCAAGCAGGUGGAAGUCGAAAGCGCUUGGACGGAAAUGGAACGCAAUUUAGAUACAGUUAGGGAAAUUAAAAACUUGGAGGAAAAUGUUUCAAGAGUCACCAAUUGGAUUUUGGGUCCAGCUGAUUCUAUGCUUAAUUCACGCUAUCAAAUUGGAUUUGAUGUUACUUCUUCCGAGGAAUUAAGAAGGGAACAUGAAAAAUUAGAACUUGAAUGUAGAGAUACGUAUGGAAGAUACGCUGAACUUCUUCAUAGAAUUGAUAAUGUACCAAACGGAUGUGUAUCAAGUGAUCUCAAAUCCCAAAGAGAUUUUAUGGAUUUUGUGUGUCGAAGUUUUGCCACUAGAUUAGAAAGACGAAGAAAUGUUCUUAUUACUUCCCAAAGAUUUUUUCGACUCGUUUCAGAGUAUUUUGAUAAAACAAGUGAAGUAUUUGAUAAGCUAAUUAUGGGUAAUAGAUCUCAUGAUUAUUUACAAGCAAGAUUAAAAUUACAGAAACUGGAGAAAAGUCAAUCUAUGCUUGAAACUCUUGAGAAAGAAUUGGUGAAAGAAGGUGAAAAAUUGUCAGACAUUCUUUCAAUGCCUGUGAAGGAUGCAUUGUGCCGUGAUAUUCACGUUGAUUACUGUGAAGAUAUAAUUAAUGUUCGUGAUAUUUUAGACGCCACGAAUGCUAGAAAAAAUAUCUUCAACGAUAGUGUUGAAUUACAAAAAUUAGCACUUAAUCAAAUCACAUUGAUACACACCUACGAAAAUGAUGCUCAACAGGCUGUACAUUGGUUAAAUGAUCUCUUCGAUGUUCUUCUUGGAAGUCACGUUGAAAUUGGCUGCAAUAUGAAUGAAAUUCAAUCGCAAAAGGAAGAACAUCAAGCAUUCCAAGAUACUGCCAAGGGUACGUACGAGUACGGAUGCCAAUUAAUAAAUGGAGCUCGAGUACUUAGGCUUUCCUGUAAAUUAUCAGUAGUGGAAAAUACUGAUCUAUCAGUUAGAUUACGUUUGGCAUGGAGAAAAUUACAUUCUGUUGGACAAGAGCAACUAACAAGAUUGAGAGUUUGUGCCGUUUUUCAUAGAAACGUUGACGACCAUUGUAAACAAUUAGGUGAUAUAAUUGAAAUUGUAGAGAAGUUGUUAGAAAAACAGAAAUUAAAAGUCGAAUCGGGAUCAUCACCGGAUGUUGAAACUUAUCCGAAGGUCGAAAUAAGAGAAAUUCUCACAAAAAGAGAAGUACUUUUGCCGGAAGUUGGACGAAUGGUGAGACUUGGCAGACUCUUGAGAACAAGAUUAAAAGAUCCAUUAAAUUACCAACGAAUGUCCGAUUCGGAGAGAAAAUCACCUGAUGAAAGUGGAAAUUUAUCGGCAAUUGAAUCAAUUUCAAAUAAAUUACUUGAAGUUACGAGGCUCGCGGAAAAAUUAGAUGCAAAACUUAGUGAGGCUGGAGCGAGGACCAAACAAGAUGACAAUAGCUCUACGCGCCUAGAUUCACCGCGUCAUCAAACCACUUGCGUUGAUUUUCAGAAAGAUGAAAAAAAAGAUCAUUCCGUUGAGAUUGCAACUGAUGAAAAAUUACCUGAUAGCACAAUUGAAGAUUCGAAUAUUGAAGAAUAUGUAACAGCAACGGAAUGUUCAACAACGCCAAUUAUUCGAUCCCGAAGUGAAUCAGUUAUAACAAGUUCUGAAUAUGAAGAUGCAUUAAGCAGGAAUGUUGAUCACGCAUCAACGCCUACGGAAUACGUUAUACCUGUUUUAUCAUCGAAGAAAAGCGAGCCAGCAAUUAUAAAACCAAUAGCCAUAAAAUCAACAGCGACAGGAUCUCAAGAUGAAACGAACUGUGAUCGAGCUGUUUCAAUACAAAGAUUCAUUGAGGGAAAAAGUGGGAAGAUUGUAAAGGAGGUGACAGAAACGACGACACUACGAGUGUCUCACGAUACUCGAUUAGGAGUAUCGUCUUAUAAAUUAGUUGCUAAUACAACUCGAGAUAAUCAACAUCAUUGUGAUGUGAAAAAAAUUCAAGAUCUCAAACUCACUUGCGAAAGUGAAAUUUCUCCAUUAAUGGAAUUGAACAAUUAUUCCGAAGUUGCGAAUACUGGUCGUUUUUAUAAAGACUACGAUUCAGAUUAUUCAAAACAAACAGUUGGCCAUUUAAAUGGUUUUGAGAAAAAAUUAUGGUCACACGAACAGGAAGAACAUUCAUAUUCACCGCAGCAAUGUUCAAUAAAUGGUUCCGCGUCAUUAAUUAAAUUCAAUAAAAUAAAAAUGCUCGAAUCAUCAUUGCCAAUGAAUAAUAAUAAUAAUUCAACAAAUAAUUAUUAUCAAAGAUGCAAAGAAGAAUUAACAACAAAAGAUAUGGAAACAAUAAGGGACAUUGAUGGAAUUGAUAAUGGGUUUUUAACCAAAAUUCGUAUGGUAAGUCAAAGAGGUUCUUCGUAAAAAAAAAUGAUUUUCCAAAAAAAAAAUUUUAUUUAUUUUACUUUUGAGAAUAUAAAAAAGGGGGGGUUACUAACAUGCCAUAAUUUAUUGAUCUUGAACAAGAGGCAGCAAAAAAAGCAUGAGCUAAUAACGCCUCCUGCUAUUUAUUUAUAUUAAUUUUAACAAUUUUUUUUUUUGAUGUUGUAUUGUUAUGUAUUUAAUGCUGUAUUUUUUAUUUUUGUAAAUAAAGUCAGUUUCCAAUA